UCAAAUACAAAAGGAAGUUUGUGGAGCAUUUGUAUGCACACAACCUGUUUGUGUAAAUGCGCAAGUGACUUUGGAAAACUUUUCUAAGAAACAGAUGGAGUGGAAGCUACCUGUUUGUAUAAAUGCCCAAGUGAAUUCUGUGUCCUUCAAUUUAGCUUAAUUCUGAGCUACCUCCAUUGAAGAUCGUUCGUACGUUCAAGCAAAACUGGCGAAGAAACAAGAAAAAAUGGUUCAGUUUUCUUCGUUUUUGAAUGGAAUAACGAGAAAUAUUACAACAAAAAACGUGAAGAAACGGAGGAUUAAUUUUGGAAGAGAAGCUACUAAUGCUUUAGCCAAGGAAGCAAGAAAAAAUGGUUUAUUAUUGACUUCUCCCGGUAGCGUUUGUGCAAAUGGAUCGAGUAAUUAUGUGUCCGCUUAUUCGAAGGGCGGGAAUAAAGGAAUCAAUCAAGAUUCCUUCAUCGUGUGGGAGUCGUUUGGAGGUAAGGAAGGCGUGAUGUUUUGUGGUGUUUUUGACGGGCAUGGUCCGUGGGGGCAUCUUGUAGGAAAACGAGUGAAGAAAGUAAUGCCGGCUUAUUUGCUUCACUUUUGGCAAGAAGCUUGUGCUCAAUAUUCGGUGGAUUCGUUAAAAAAUUCAAAUUUUGAUCAAUUUGGUAUGUGGAAGAAAUCUUUCAUGAAAACUUGCUCGACUGUUGAUUAUGAUCUUGAGCUUCAUCCGGUGAUCGAUUCGUUUUUUAGUGGUGCUGCUGCCGUGACUAUAAUCCGAGAGGGGGAUCUUCUUGUGUUAGCAAAUGUUGGUGAUUGUCGAGCGGUUCUUGGAACAACUCAAGACGAUGGUAGCUUGGUCGCCGUUCAACUAACUGUAGACUUUAAACCAAAUUUACCUCAGGAAAGUGAAAGGAUAUAUAAGGCGGGAGGGAGUGUGUGUGAAUCAGAGGAUGAACCGGGAGUCUCAAGGAUUCGUGCUUCAAAUGACGAGACAUCCGAAGGUCCGGGACUCGCGCUUUCAAGGGCUUUUGGUGAUUAUUUUGUUAAAGACUUUGGUCUUAUUUCUGAGCCAGACGUGAUACAAACAACUAUAACCGCACGAGAUCGCUUUGUCAUUUUGGCAACCGAUGGGGUAUGGGACGUUGUCUCAAACGAAAAGGCAGUUGAGAUCGUUUCAUCAGCAUCAGAAAAGGACGAAUCAUCAAGAAGACUCGUUGACUACGCGUCCAAUCAAUGGAAGAGGCAAAGACCAGGUUUUUGUACGGAUGACAUCUCAGCUGUGUGUCUGUUUUUCCACAAUUCAUCAUCUUCUCAACAGAAAGAAUCUGAUUAGAUAAAAACAUUAAUGUUGCAUAUAUAUGGUCGGCAAGUUCUUAUUGCUGUUGUUUUUCAAUUUAAUAAAGUGUUUAUUUAGCAUUAUGGCUCAGUAACUGGAGCAAAAGGUAUAUAUAUAUUAUGGUUUAAUGACUUUCUUUUAAAAUUUAUAGUAGUAAUAAUAUUGGAGAUAUGGUUUAUUAUUCUAA